AUGAUUCAUUAUAACUCUAUUGACCUCCCUUAUUUUGACACAAAUGCUGCCGAACAUAGGGACUUGCAUAUUUCCUUAUCUCGCUUAAGAUACUUGAAGGUGACAAUGCAAGAAUAUUUGAAGCUGACAGUACAAUAUGAUUCAGAUGAUUCAAAUGAUGAUUCAGAUAAUGAUACUGAUUUCGAGACUGGAAAUUUUGUUAACACAUCAAUACCUGUGUUUUUGGUGGGUUUCAUCUUUGGUUCACUGGAGGCUGCUCAAUUGGUUGCGUUGGAUACUGGUAGUAAUCUGCUUUGGGUUCAGUGCAAACUUGAUAUAGACGGCAAUAGGACAUUCUAUAGAAACUAUUGGCCUGCGGAGUCUUCAACAUAUUCUGUUAAUGUGAGGUGCGAGGACUUUUAUUCUUCUACUCCAUUGACAUGUAUUCCAACACCCACUCUCUGCUGGUAUGUAUUGAAAUAUUUGGGUGAAGUCAUUGUCCGUGGAAAUCCUGCAUUUGAACGAUUUAUUUUCGGUUCAUCAUUUGACAACCAACCAGCGCAUGAGUUAAAUCCGUUAUUUGGUUGUACUAGAAAAAAUAGCUACACAGACAAGUUCAAUCGUGUCUUGGGGUUUGGUCCUUCAGGAAUCUCAUUAGCUUCACAACUGGAUAGUAUUGAGUUCUCAUAUUGGAUAAAAUCCGGAGGAGUUGAGUUCUCAACUCCUCUUAUUAUCAGGGAGUUUGAUUACUACGUAAAUCUUGAAGGCAUUAGUUUUGGGGGUAGGAUGCUCGGUAUUGACAAAAAGGAUUUGAAAAUGGAUAAUUUUAAAAGUGGUGGGGGUGCAACUAUUGAUUCAGGUUCAGAUGAUUCAAAUGAUGAUUUGGAUAAUGAUACUGAUUUCGAGACUGGAAUUUUUGUUAACACAUCAAUACCUGUGUUUUUGGUGGGUUUCAACAUUGGUUCACGGGAGGCUGCUCAAUUGGUUGCGUUGGAUACUGGUAGUAAUCUGCUUUGA